CUUUCUAGGCUCCCAAGCAGCAGAAUCUUCAGGACUGUUACUUUUCCACACACCAAUGGGUUCGUGUUAACCUUUCAACCUUUGACCUGGUGUCAUAUGGCAGACCACCCCUGGCAGAUGGACAUUAGGGUCCCUUUGUCCUUUACUCUGAUACGUGCCCCCGUUUCACCUCAACCUGUCAGUUGUUUCAGAGCAUAGGAUUGUAACUCUUUAUGGUCCUCACUUAUGUUACAUUUCACCAUCGGUUGAAUCCAUUUACAGAAGUGUGGUUGAAGGGUGGAUACUUGGUUUAUUUCCUCCGCUGGCACAAAUACUUUGAAAUGUCUGUUUAUUGAACAAUAUUCUUUACUAUGUAUUGUUAUAAAUGAUAUUCAGACCGCAGAAUAAUUGGUAGCAUCUACCUUGGCGACAGCAGAUGUGGAUCCUGAAUGGAAUAACCCGAGCUACAUUUGAUGACAUUGACCUGAGAAUGGUGACGCACGAAGCCUCUGCCUCUCUGUCUGUGCUCCUGUUCGACAAGCCGAAGAAAUGGUCUCCUGACAGUCUAAUGCAAUGGUGCUCUAUUACCAGGAAACAUGGUGCCGUUCGUAUCCCUGCGUGGUGCAAUAAUAAGGAAAUGCGCUGAAACAUCGACGUCAUCCCAUUGACCUUGGUGAAGCUCUGGCUAGGGAUCUGAACACUCAACCCAUCUUAGCCCCAGAGGUCUGUGUCUGUCUGGCCUUUCUGAAGAAGAAGGGGGGGGGGGAAUAAGUAUCCAAGAUGAAACAUGCUGUUUUACUUAGUGCAUGUUUUACUACCCCCAUGAGUUACUGCCCCCCAUGCGUCACGUCGUACCCAGACAGCGGUCCUGUUGAUGCGCAGCAGCACUGCGGCCGUGGGAGGUUGCAGCCAGCCAGGCUCCAGGGAUCCCAGUCGCACCACUCCUGGUCCGGCCCGCGUGCGCGGGGGAGGCAGUCUGGCGUCGCCCCCGCGGUGGAGCCGGGGCGCCAGCCCAGCCCAAGUGCAUGCGGCGCUCUCCCCGAGUGCACGGAGUGACUCGCUGAACAGGAGGAGUAGCCGGCCAAGCAUAUACGUUACAGUGCAUCCAGUUCCCAUCAGACGCGCAGCAAAAUGAUGGAACGCUUUUGUCUGUCGGGACCUCCCGGGCAGGCCAAUCCCUGGGAAGAUGGUUCGGAGCAGCAGAGCUGUGAGGUGGAAGAGUUGUGGGACGAGCCCAGUGAGGAAGAGGAAGCCCUUUACAGCACGUCUCCCCCCUUCACCCCCCGGCAGAUGAAACGCAUGUCAGGCAAACACCAGAGGAACAGCCAGGGCAGGUCGUCUGGACGCUCGCCCGCUGGACGCUCGCCUAACAAGGACAAACAGCAGCCCCCCUCCAGCCCAUCCCAGUCUCAGAGAGAGAAGGACCCCACCCGGCCCCGGGACCCCUACCUUCACCCCCCAGAGGCCGAUGAGCAGAACUUCAAGCCGGGAAAGAAACAAGCCGACUUCUCCGAGGUCCAAAUAACCGUAAACAAGCAGGUCAACAAACCGACUGAGGAGCAACAGCACAGCCACAAGCAGGACAAGAAGCAACGCAGCACGCAGCGCUCCACCGAGAGGGACCACAAGAAGACUUUCGAAGGCUCCUUCAUGCUGGACCCUCUCUCCAAAACCUCCAGCCCCUUCACCAGGGGCUCGGCUCUCAACAUGGACCCCAGGAAACCCUACCUUUCACUGGGCUGCGGCAGCGGCAAGCUCCCGGUCACCAUGCCCCACCCCAUGGCCCACCGCACCCACCGGCAGACCUCCAGGACGGACUGCCCGGCGGAUCGCCUCAAGUUCUUUGAGACGCUGAGACUGUUGCUGAAGCUGACCUCCAUGUCGUCCAAGAAGAAGGAGAAGGAGCAGCGAGGCCUGGAGGUCUCUCCCUUCAUGGGCCAGAAUAAUGAGUUCGUUCAGGUGGUGUGGCUGGAACUACAGGCAUGGCACGCCAGGCGCUCCGUUGGCGACCAGGACCUGUUCCUGUUCACGGCUCGUCAGGCCAUCCCAGACAUCAUCAACGAAGUGCUCCACUUCAAGGUGGACUAUCGUGUCCUGAGCUCCUGCGCCAUGGACCCGGGACAACCGGGCCCCGGAGUGGGUGCAGGAGGACCGGGUCAGGGUGGACACGAGGCGUCCCCAGCUCAGGGAGCCCAGAGGACCCUCGUGUUCACAGAGCCAGACUGUGGAGGGCCGGGCCAGGGGCCCAGUCAGAGAACUCCACCCCAGGCAUCGGAGACUAUUUCCAGGCAGGAGGGGGAAUCUCGUUGGCCCGCCUCCAGCGCUCCGGAGACAAACCAGACAGUUUCGGUGGACCCCUGGGGGUUCAGCGCCUGCCACUCUUCGGCGGUGAACGCGGCGGCGCCCCUGGGCUCUGGGGCGGCCUGUCGAGAGCAUCUCCAGCGGCAGAGGCUGGCCUUUGAGCAGGUGAAACGGGUGAUGGAGCUGUUGGAGUCAGUGGAGGCCCUGUACCCGUCCCUGAACACCCUCCAGAAGGACUAUGAGAAGUACGCGGCCCGGGACUUCCAGGGUCGAGUGCAGGCCCUCUGUCUCUGGCUGAACAUCACACAGGAUCUGAACCAGAAACUCCGUGUCAUGGCCACUGUCCUCGGCCUCCGGGACCUCUCCCGGAUCGGCUGGCCCGUCUUCGAGAUCCCCUCGCCGCGCUGCUCCCGCGGCAACGAGGACGACGACGACGAGACCGAGGAAGAUGAGGAGAACGACUCCACCACGACCUAUACCGCCGGCGACAGCGACGCAGAGGACAGGGACGUGGUGGGUGGAACGAGCGAGCCCCGAGGGGUAGGAACGCCGGGUGAGGCGGGAGAUGGAGAGCUCUCCCCCUUAACGCCGAAAUUCGCCCGGUUGUUAUCCGCGGACGAAUUCCUCCCGGCAGCUGGCUCGGGGACAGCAGAAGUCGUGGCGGGCGGGACGGACACAGGGGAGAUGAGUUGCCCCACGGCCAUCUACCGACCUUUUGUAGACAAGGCCCUGAAACAGAUGGGACUGAGGAAGCUGAUCCUGAGACUGCACAAGCUGAUGGACCCCUCCCUCCAGAGGUCGCGGGCUGCCCUGCUCAGCCACUUGCCGGCCAAUGAGUUCACGGACUUCCCGGAUCCCAUGCUGGACAGCGACUACCUGCCGGAGCUGUCCCGUCACCGGUCAUCCUGCACUGGCUCUGGCUCUCCGACGCUGGGGGCGGACCGGGUUUUGUGGGAGGACCUGUUGGACAUGGAUCUCCCUUCGUUCCGACCCGCCUUCCUGGUCCUGUGCCGGGUCCUGCUGAACGUGAUACACGAGUGCCUGAAACUGAGGCUGGAACAGAGGCCCGCCGGGGAGCCGUCACUGCUUAGCAUCAAACAGUUGGUGCGUGAGUGUAAGGAGGUGUUGAAGGGAGGCCUCCUGAUGAAGCAGUAUUACCAGUACAUGCUGAGAGGUGUGGUCACCGACCCCCAGGGGCUCCAGACUAACGCCAACAUUGACGAGUUCGAAGAGGACCUCCACAAGAUGUUGGUGGUGUACUUUGACUACAUGCACAGUUGGAUCCAGAUGCUGCAGCAGUUGCCCCAGGCCUCCCACAGCCUGAAGAACCUCCUGGAGGAGGAGUGGAACUUCACCAAGGUCAUUACACCCUAUAUCCGAGGAGGAGAGGCGCAGUCUGGGAAACUCUUCUGUGACAUUGCUGGGAUGCUUUUGAAGUCAACCGGAGACUUCCUGGAUGCCGGCCUGCAGAGGAGUGGUGAUGAAUUCUGGGAAAGCGCUGACGAUGGUACAGCCUCAGAUGAGAUUAGGCGGUCGGUGAUCGAGACGAGCCGGUCACUUAAGGAGCUUUUCCACGAGGCCAGAGAACGGGCAUCCAAAGCUUUGGGCUUUGCCAAAAUGCUCCGUAAGGACCUGGAGAUUGCUGCUGACUUCAGCAUUACCAGCGGGGUGCCGCGCCUCCUGGAGGCGCUCCAGAAGAGAAACUAUGUCAAGGUCCAGAUCCCCGGGCUGGAGGAGCUGGAGGUGUUUGUCCCGUGCCCCCUCAUGGACCAGCGGGCCCUCAUCCUGCAGCUGCUUAACGCCGCAGCCGGCAAGGACUGCAGUAAGGAGCCCGACGAGAUGGCCGAGGAUGAGGCCUACCUGCUGAUGAGUAAGUGCGGGGCUGGGGACUCGCCUGGCGAGGCCGGCCAGGUCGGGGCCCCGUGGCACUGGGACGGGCCGCUGGUCAAACUGGUGCCCCAGAUGGAGACUGUGGACACACUGCGGGCCAUGAAGGUGGAAAACCUCCUCCUCAUAGUGAUGCAGUCGGCCCACCUGGUGGCCCAGCGGAAGUCCUUCCAGCAGAGCAUGGACGAGCUGCUGACCCUCAGCCGAGAGCAGACGUCCAGCCAACCCCUCAUCGCCUGCGCCCUGGAGCAACUGAAGAAUGAGGCCUUGCAGUUAUGUAUCAAGAUCAACACGGCCAUCGACAGGGUGGAGUACAUGUUCACCUCGGAGUUUGAGUCAGAGGUGGAGGAGUCCGAAUCUGCUACUCUGCAGCAGUACUACAGAGAAGCCAUGAUACAGGGAUACAACUUCGCGUUUGAGUACCACAAGGAGGUGGUGCGUCUGAUGUCCGGAGAGUUCCGCCAGCGGAUCGGUGAGCGCUACAUCGCCUUCGCCCGGAAGUGGAUGAACUACGUCCUCACCAAGUGUGAGAGUGGCCGAGGCACCAGGCCCCGCUGGGCGACUCAGGGCUUCGAUUUCCUCCAGGCCAUAGAACCUGCCUUCAUCUCUGCCUUACCAGAGGACGACUUCCUGAAUCUGCAGGCCUUGAUGAACGAAUGCAUUGGUCAUGUAAUUGGGAAGCCCCACAGUCCUGUCAGCGGCCUGUACCUAGCCCCCAGGAACAGUCCUCGACCAGGCAAGGUCCCUCGUUGCCAUAGCGACCCCCCCAACCCUCACCUGGUCAUCCAGAAUGCGGAGGGUUUCAGCUCUAGGAGUCUGCCGUGUGACCUACGGACCCAGCUGUGUCUACCUGCUGGCCCUCGCCCUGUCCCCGCCCCUCAGGGCUCAGGCCCCGCCUCCGGGGAACUCGGCCUGACCAAAGCACCCGGCUCAACCCCCAAUGACGUCAGAGGAGCCAACCUCCAUGAGAACGACCGUCUGUCAUCUGUAGCGGCCGAGCUGCAGUUCAAGUCCCUGAGCCGACACUCCAGUCCCACUGAGGACAGGGAAGAACCCACCUAUCCCAAGGGAGGGGACGUCAGUAGCACAGCCAGGAGAAGCUGGGAGCUCCGCACAUUCAUCAGCCAAUCAAAAGACACGGCCGCCAGGCAGAGCCCCAUGGAAGCCGUGCGUCGCUCCAUACGCUUGUUCGAGGACAAACGCUACGGCAUCAUGAAGCAGAGAAACAUCAUCGGCCAGGUGUGCCACACGCCCAGGUCCUACGACAACGUUAUGCACGUGGGCCUGCGCAAGGUCACCUUCAAGUGGCAGCGUGGCAACAAGAUCGGUGAGGGUCAGUAUGGCAAGGUAUACACCUGCAUCAAUGUGGACACUGGAGAACUAAUGGCAAUGAAGGAGAUCCGGUUCCAGCCGAAUGACCAUAAGGCGAUAAAGGAGACCGCAGAUGAGUUGAAGAUCUUUGAAGGCAUUAAACACCCCAACCUGGUCCGCUACUUUGGUGUUGAACUGCAUCGAGAGGAGAUGUAUAUCUUCAUGGAGUACUGUGACGAGGGGACCCUUGAAGAGGUGUCCAGGCUGGGCCUGCAGGAGCACGUCAUCAGGCUGUACAGCAAACAGAUCACCACGGCGAUCAACGUGCUUCAUGAACACGGCAUAGUGCACCGAGACAUCAAGGGAGCCAAUAUCUUCUUGACGUCAUCCGGCCUGAUCAAGCUGGGGGACUUUGGCUGCUCGGUGAAGCUGAACAAUGCCCAGACCAUGCCUGGGGAAGUUAACAGCACCAUGGGAACUGCUGCCUACAUGGCACCGGAGGUCAUUACGAGGGCAAAGGGCGAAGGUCACGGACGAGCGGCAGACAUCUGGAGUUUAGGAUGUGUCCUGAUCGAGAUGGUGACUGGGAAGAGGCCCUGGCACGAGUACGAGCAUAACUUCCAGAUCAUGUACAAGGUGGGUAUGGGCCACAAGCCCCCCAUCCCAGAGAAGCUGUCCACAGAGGGGAAGGACUUCCUGGGUCACUGUCUGGAGAGUGAGCCCAAGCGACGCUGGACAGCCAGCACCCUUCUGGACCACCCCUUCGUCAAGGUUUGCACAGAUGAAGAGUGAGGACCCACCCUGCUGCAACCACCUUUUAAAAACCAGAGCACUACUGUUCAUGUUGCCUAGAGACUGGAGACAAACAGGAAUGGCUUUGGACAGGAAGGGGAGGUGUUUUUAAAAACAGGAAAAAGGAUCAGCAACUGAUGACUGCAGUCAUAUGGAGUUUAGCUGAGGAACUCUUUACGACCUCAUUUCAUAUUGAAGAGUGAACUGGAUUACCCGGAUCAUGUUCAUUAGGCACCAAACAACAAAAUUACUGAAAAAAGGAACACUACCUGGACUUUUGGAAAACAUUGCGCUACGGUGUUCCCUAAUGAAUAUGAGCCUGUUGUAGAAGUCUUACAUGGCGAGGGGCCCUGAGGAGGGGAUAUAUUGUAUUGUACAUACUGUAAUAAUUGAUUCGUUGGCUCUUACCCUGUAUAAACAAUAUUGUAAAGCUCAAGUAAUAAGUAUAGCCACAUCGUGUUGUUCUCACAAUUUUGAAGACAAGACCUCUGAAUAAAAAGGUAUUGAGGAAGACAUUUUAAAGAAAGGGGGGAAAAAUAAAAGCUAUGGCACUUUUAAAAAUAACAAACAAAAAAAACAAGUUCAGCAAAGUGAAAGUUCAGUUAAUCUAGGCCUUAUUCAGUAAGGAGACUGUGGAACACUGCAACUAGGAAUGUUGAGAGGCCUGUUUGUGAUUUACACAACACAUUUCUCUAUGAAUGUUCCACGACAUUGUGGCCUAAAUGUGCCCUUGGAUUGGUCGAGGCUGUGGUCUUGCCUGUGAGCGUUUUGAGUUGUCAUGACGAAGCAGAGGGUGGCUGCAUAUGUAUUUAACUCUUCAAUGAAACGUGCAAAUGAACGGCUCUAAGAAGGAAAAUGUAAAAGGUUAUUUUAUUAUUGGUGGAUUUGUUUUAAAAUAUUGUAUUUUCCUUUGGCCUUGCUGAGAGGAUUCUAUUGUUAACAGUAGGGGAUGAAACCGAUGUCUGGGCCCCAAAUAGCACUCUUGAAUGGUACUGUGUUCUUAUAUAGUACAAUUCAUAUAUGGGCAUAGAUCAAUGAGUGCACUAUAUAUAGAACAGGGAGUCAUUUGGGAGGCAAGGGAUGAGGGAGGGGUCCUAUAGGUGCUGAUUGGUGGACAGAGUCCAAACCUUAGUGCAGCCACAGAAGUGGAGCAAAGCCAACCAAUGACAGAAGAGACACUCGACUCAAGUUCGCACUCCCCGCUGCUACACACACACACACACACACUCUCUCUCUUCUGGUCCUCUGCUGCUCUGUUUGCCAUGUACAAACAACAUAAAAGGUUAUUAUAAGAAA